AUCGAAACGAAAAAGGAUCGAAACUUUAUCCUAAGAUUUUGAAUCGAGGAUCGAUGAAAAUGAUCGCAACGAUGAAAAUGAGAUUUUGCGGCGACAUUGCACUUGAACAAGAUAUCGACAUUGUAUCAAGCAAGUUCGUCGAAGGCUUGGUUGUACACCGUGCUGACGUAAGUGUCUCUCUGCAGUUUCGUUAUCGGACUGGCAUAAAAAGCGUCGAUAACGAGAGAACGGAUUGGUCGCGCCAUUCUUGGGCUUUAGAACAACUUCGACAAGUUACGUUCUCUACUAGUAUCUUGUUUCGACGAUGUUUGCGGAUGUUAAUUCGUUGUUCUUGCACCGUUUAUAUCAACCGUUUAACAAAUACGAAUAAAAAUUGUAGAGCAACAUUUGAGAGUAUAAUGAAGCAUGUUGUAAAAAGGAUUAUGGUAAGAAUUCAUUUCGAAGAAUUUUUGAAAAUAAUCUUUGAUCCAACAUAUGAUAAGGAAAUAUAAAAGCAUAUGAUUAUUUCAAGCAAUCGUAUCUAUUUCACAAAGAGAAGAAAUCAUUAAAGAUACUAAGAAAUAUAAACAAAAAAAACAAAUAGAUCUAAAAAAUUAUAUCUCAAUAUUUCGUAUUAUAUUUCGAAUAACUAACACUUUGUGCUAAA